AUGCGCAAAUCGAUUUCUUCUAAAUUGUAUGAUCAAGCAGUGAAAUUAGGAAAGGAUUUCUUUGAACUGUGUAUAAUUUCGCUGUCAAUUAACGUUUUGCAAAUCAAGUUGCGUGCAACAGGUGGAACAAAGCAAAGACUCCAGGACCGGGAGCGCAGUCAUGCAUUAGUGUCAUGCAUCCUUCGUGCAUUAGCUCGUUCUGGUAUUGAAAUUGGUCGGAUUGAAGAUGUAACACCUCAGCAACCAUUGUUGCUGCCUUCAUCAAAAUAUUCAACAAGAUAG